AUGCUUGGCAACAUUGGUCUCGCGAUUAUCUUCAUUCUGGCCUUAACUUCUGUUGCGGCUCCCCUUGAAAAUUAUCAUCCCAUUUUUCCGGCAAGUAAGGCGUUACAGACCCGAAAUAAUGGCCUUUAUCUUAAGACCCAUAAACCUGUUGUCUUUGCUUCUUCACACGCCCCUUCUAAGUCUUCUCCGCAUACCGUGCGAUUGAAAAAGCGCAUGUUGAAGAGACCGAACACUCGCAGCGCUGGUCACCACUUAAAUAAAAGGAGCCAAACCUCCGGUACGGGUACCCUAAAGGCUCUGCAGAUGGGGUCGGAAUAUGCCACAUCCAUGGUCUUUGGUAACCAGACAUUCGAGGUAGUUGUCGAUACUGGUUCGAGUGAUACUUGGGUACCCCAGGCUGGUUUCAUGUGCUAUGACGAAAAUACCUAUGAUAGGGUACCAACAAGCAAUUGUGGAUUUGGUCCACAGUUAUAUAAGCCCAGCAGUACCUUCAAGAAAAUCCCUGGGGAAGAAUUUCAUGUUAUUUAUGGUGACGGCGAGUCGGGUUCAGGAUACACUGGCAACGAAAGUGUCACUCUAGCCGGUGUCACAGUCAACCAAAAAGUCGGUAUUAUGGACAAGGCUGCUUGGAGUGGUGAAAAUAUUACUUCUGGACUCGUCGGGCUAUCAUAUCCUGAAAUAACCGGCGCCACCUCUAACGUCUCUAACGAAAAGCACAUCUACGACCCCAUCUUCACGACGAUGUACAAGCAAGGUCUGGUGGAUUCAUAUUUUAGUCUAGCAAUAUCUCGCAAUGUGUCCGGCGAUGGGGGUUACUUGACUCUUGGCGGCCUUCCCCCGAUUGACUUCGAGGAGUCUUGGACUAGCACCGACAUAUUAAUCACAAAUAUCGAAGGAUCCGAUCAGGGUUUGAAGUUUUACACAAUUAACAUCAACGAUAUCACUGUGGACGGCAAGAUCGUUGCCAACUCCGGUGGUAAGAAGAACCAAUACAUUGUCGACUCUGGCACAACUUAUAACAGGUACCCAAAUGCCACUGCCAAGGCAGUUAAUGAUGCAUUUAGGCCCCCAGCCGUUAUGCAGGAUGAUGGAACAUUCUCUGUUGACUGUGGUGCCAUUGCUCCGGCUCACUCAAUCACUAUAAACGGCACUAGCUUCGGAAUCAGUCCACUUGACAUGAUCGCUCUACGUGGACAAGAUGAUGAUGGAAAUAUUCUCUGCCAAACUCAGAUCACGGCCGGGGGCGCCGAUCCUCAUCAGCAGACUUAUAUUCUUGGCGAUACAUUCUUGAAGAACGUCGUCGCUGUUUUUGACGUCGGUGCUGCCGAGAUGCGAUUUGCCCCAAAUAUGGACUACGAGUCUAACAAUAUUCUAUGA